AUGAAUCAAUAAACUCAGGAUCCAUUUUAAAAUUACAUGAAUUAGUUUAACCAAUAGAACAACAAUACUAAAAUAGUUAUUCAGGAACAGCCAUAAAAUAUUUAGGUUCAAUAAGGCAACGGAGGUUUGUCAAAUCUGACAGCUUAUUAAAAAGUAUUCAAGACAACAGCAGAUGGUAAAGUUGUCUGCAAUUUCGAAGAUGUGAAAAAGUACAUAGAAAGUGAAACUCGUACAGAGAUUAUCCCUAAAACUAAUUCUGGAAUUAAACGCAUAGUAGAAAUAGAACAUAAAAUGUGAAAAUAUAUUAUACAAUUUAGAAAAUUAAUUCUAUUCCAUU